AUGGAGGAUGCUAAAGAAUGGGAAAAAAGAGAGGAGAGUACUAAAAAGGAGAUGACACCAAAUACUGGGCCACAAAAGAGAUGGAUCCCACCUCCACUAGGAUGGCUAAAAUGCAAUGUUGAUGGAGCAAAACCACAAGAAGGAAGCCAAUGUGGGUUAGGUUGGAUGCUACGAAAUGAGAAGGGCACAGCACUUUGGAUGGGAGCUAGAGCUAUUCCGAGAACGAGGACUAUCAUUGAAACAGAAACGGAAGCUCUCCGCUGGGCUAUGAGCAUCGUUAAUGGGUUUGGAUAUCAAAAUGUCAUAUAUGAAUCAGACUCUUAA